AUGAGGCGAUCUUACUUCAUCCCCGCGCUUUCUCUUCUCUCCACCCUAUCAUCGGCGGCUCCGAGCGCCCCCCAAUGGAGCUUCAAUCUCAAAGAAGCGACAAGCGGAAUCGUAGCCCUUGAAUCCAUUGUCGUGUCGCCGACCCUUACGAUUUUCUUCAACCGACCAUCCGUUGAUCCUUUGCAGUUCAACAAUCACUCGGCCUUGGGCGCACUCUGGGAUCUCAAGACAAGCUCUGUCGUCAAACCCCUCAACGUGAUUUCCAAUACGUUCUGCGGAAGCGGCGCGCUUCUGAGCAAUGGUAGCAUGGUAAUACGGCAUUAUCACUUAGUUAGCGUCGGAGGUGAUUCUGGAGCCGGGGUUGCCAAUGCGGGUAAUCAAGCUAUUCGUAUCUUCGAGCCAUGCUUGUCACCCACUGGAGAGGACUGCACCUUGUUCGAGAACUUGGAAACACAUCAUCUCUUCGAGCGGCGCUGGUACGCGUCAUCCAUUCGGAUUUUCGACGGAAGCCUUAUGAUCGUCGGAGGCACACAUGUCACCACGCCUUUCUACAAUGUCGACCCAGUGAACUCCUUCGAGUUCUUCCCAAAGAAAGAGGGCGCGCCCAGGCCGUCGCCUUUCCUUGAGCGCAGCCUUCCUGCCAAUUUAUUCCCCAGGAUAUUCGCACUACCCGACGGCCGCGUAUUCAUGGUAGCAAAUAACCAGUCGAUUAUAUAUGAUAUCGAAGCCAAUACCGAAACUAUCCUCCCUGAUAUACCCAACAAUGUCCGCGUCACCAACCCCAUUGAUGGCUCAGCUAUCCUCCUGCCUCUGUCUCCGCCGGACUUCAUUCCCGAAGUCCUUGUUUGCGGCGGAACUGCGACCGACACCAUCGACUCAGAGCUCCUGUCCACACAAACACCUGCCUCAUCGCAAUGCUCGCGGAUCAAGCUUACGGAGGAGGGCAUCAAGGCGGGGUGGCAGGUCGAGCAAAUGCUGGAGGGCCGAACGAUGCCCGAACUACUACAUCUACCCAACGGUCAAAUCCUCAUAACUAACGGUGGAAGCACGGGGUUCGCUGCAAUCGGCUCGGUCGCCGACCUAGUAGGGGGGUCCAAUGCCGACAACGCUGUCUUGACGCCUUCUUUGUACACACCGUCACUUCCACUUGGACGUCGGAUCAGCAACAAGGGCAUGCCUACGACGAACAUCCCGCGCAUGUAUCAUUCCAGUAUCACACUGACGCCGCAAGGCAACUUCUUGAUUGCGGGGAGCAAUCCCAACGGGAAUACGACGAUGACGGGGGUGAAAUUCCCUAGCGAGUUCAGGGUGGAGACGUUGGAUCCGCCGUUCAUGAAUGCGGAGAGGCCGAAGUUGGUGAGCGUCCCGAAGAAGCUGGCGUUCGGACAGAAAGUUAGCGUUCCAAUCUCCAUUCCGCGAGGGCUGCGUACGCAGGAUAUCAAGGUUUCCCUCAUGGAUCUCGGAUUCUCUACUCAUGCCUUCCACGCUGGUGCCCGCUUGGUAUUCAUGGACGCUACCAUCUCUCCUGGUAGGGAUCUACUCACAUUUACGACGCCGCCUAAUGGGAGGGUAUACCCCCCUGGUCCUGCCACCAUUUUCUUGACAGUGGAUGAUGUAACGAGUGAGGGCGCGUGGGUGAUGAUGGGAAGCGGGGCAUCACCGCCGACGUUGCAAUGA